GAAGAAAUCUUUCAAUUCCACCAAAUCAAUACUAGCCUCUCUAGGGAGGCAGUAUUCCCAUCUUAAAUAUUUCUAUAAUAUUAUAUCAUAAAUAAAUUUUAAUAUUUUUUUCAUAGUAAAAUAAUUAUUAAAUAUUUGUCCAUCAUGGGGAAGCAUAUGAAUUACAAGAAAAUAAUCUUCUCUGUGAUUAUUCUUAGUGUGGCCAUUGUUAUAGUGGAGGGUAGGGGGGGAGGUGGUAUAAAGGAUGGGGAUGGCAUUAGUGUUAUGCCAACACCUGAUGAAAAGAUUUUCAAUGUAGCAAAUUAUGAUGCCACAGGUGACGGAAAAGCAGAUGAUGUCGAGGCUUUCAUGGGAGCGUUUAGGGCAGCAUGUGAUCAUCCCGGUAAAGCAAGAUUGUUGGUUCCUCGGGGACAAUUUGCAGUAUCUCAAGCGGUAUUUGCAGGACCAUGUAAAGGUCCGGGGCCUAUGGUGGUGCAAAUUACAGGUAUAGUGAAGGCAGUACCUGAUAUAUCUAUGUACCCUGAUCCUGAAUGGUUAACCUUUGAACGCCUUAAUGGUUUGGUCAUUUUUGGUGGGGGCACUAUUGAUGGCCAAGGAGCCCAACUUUGGAAAUAUGCUGAUUGUAAUCAAAACUCUAAUUGUGCGCGACUUCCUUCAUCGAUUGUUCUGAAAGGUGUUACCAAUGCAUCCAUUAGAAGGAUCACAAGCUUAAACCCUAUGGGAUUUCACUUUUUCAUUACUGCAAGCAACAACAUUAGAUUGCAAAGACUUCAUAUAAUUGCUCCUGAAGAUAGCCCUAAUACUGAUGGUAUCCAUAUAAGCUCUUCUGACCUAGUUAGGGUCUCACGAUCCAUUAUUCAAACUGGUGAUGAUUGCAUUGGUAUCCUCCAAGGCUCUACUCGACUUUCCAUCAACAAAGUUACAUGUGGCCCUGGUCAUGGUAUUAGUGUUGGUAGUCUUGGAAAGUAUGACAAUGAAGAAGAUGUUAAAGGAGUCCAAGUGAAAAAUUGUACACUUCGUGGGACUACUAAUGGCAUCAGGAUCAAAACUUUUCCUUUCAAGCCCAAUGUGAUUCCAAUCAAAGCUUAUGGAUUUCUUUUCAAGGACAUUAUCAUGGACAAUGUCCAAAACCCCAUUAUUAUUGACCAGGAGUACUGCGGGGGAGGUCAUUCUUGUGUCAAUGGGCCUUCUAAAAUCAAGCUGAGUGAUAUUUUCUUCCACAACAUAAGAGGAUCAACACCAUCACCUCAGGCUAUAAACAUCAAGUGUAGCUCUGAAGUACCAUGCCAAAAUGUCCAUCUUAACAGCAUCAAUUUGGUUGGUCUAAAGGGACCAACAACCGCUUCAUGCAUUAAUGCUAAGAUCAACUUCUUAGGGCUACAAUUACCAAAUUUAAAGUGUUAACUACAAUUAAAUACUAUUCUUAAAUAUUACUUGUGUGCUUCAAUGAGUAGAUUUCAAUGUUUGUCAAAAUAUAUAGUAAAAACAAAACUCUGAAUUUUGGUAUCCUAAAUAUAUUUACCUAUACUUUAUAACACAGUUAAUCAUUAUUGUGAUUGAAGGAAGAUAUGUUUACCACAUUUCA